AUGGAAGCAAGUAGCAGACAAUCAUUGCAUGCCGAUCAGGCAACCUACAGAGAUUUAGUUAUAUUUGAAGAACGAUUGCGGGGAAACAUGACUCGCUUACAACGACGGAAACGAAAAUACGAAGCACUGCUAGCAGGGAUUAUAGUGCUACUUGUGUACUUUUUCUAUGUCGUUUUUCUUGUUCCCAGCAAGGAUUUCGUUGUACACUUGCUAAAUACUACGGCACUAUUAGUGGCAGCAGGAAGCUUAGUGUUCAUUUAUCGAUCAGGAAUCUAUUCUGAAAAGAUUGUAUUUGCUGGAGAAUUUAUCCCACAUUGUAAUCGUACACUGCGUUCCUUCAACUUACAAUUCAACAGGCGUGGCGAGUCUGGAGUGCUAAGCUUCUAUCGCAGAAUACCCAUCGAGAUUCAACAAGGUUUUGAGGCUUAUCGGAGGCAGUACUAUGCCAGAAAACGAGCUCGACAAGCGAAACAAAAAGUCACCUGA